AUGUCCUUCUUUGGUUUUGACCCUACGGCUCCACCGGGUGCCAGACCAAACGAGCAGGCUGUUUCUCAUGAUUUCCAGGACACCUACGACGGCUUGGGAGAAUUAGAAGAUGGCGACGAUAUCUACAACGAUGAGACGUUUGGCGCUGCAGGCUCCGUCGGUAAAGAUUUUGACUUUGGCAGUGCUUCAGGCCACAUCCAACCUGGCGCGGGGCUACCAGCUCCUCAAACCAUCUCUUAUGCUCAAGCUGCAGCACAGUCGAAUGACGAUGAGUUCAUGGCUGAUUUGUGGGGAGCCAAUGCUCCUGCUCAGGCUUCGUCUGAUGCCGUUGUUGGUGCUGUUACUGGCGAAAAGAAGAUCUUGUCUCUUGAAGAAAUUGAAGCCCAGCUCACUUCUAUCGACCAGCAACAGCGUCAACUCCCUCAACAACCUUCCCAGUUUGCUCCCCCACCUUUUGGUUACCCUGGUAUGAUGGCUCCCCCACAAUAUGGGGGCUAUAUGGUUCCACCUGGAGGAUUUAUGCCUCCACCUCCUGGCCAAUACGCUCCGCAAUUCCCUAUCAUGCAAGGAUUGCCUGGCCAGUUGCCUCCCCAACUUCAGCAACCCAUUCCACAACACCCUCAACAGCAGCAGCAACCUCAACAACCUCAACAACCUCAACAACCUCAACAACCUCAACAACCUCAACAACCUCAACAACCUCAGGAUGCAGUUCAUCAAAAAUCUCUGGCUAAAGCUGAUUUGUCUCAGUUCCCAGUUUUGGGCUCCAAGGACGUAGAAAGACAACAUCAACAACCUCACCAACAAUCUUCUGAGGAUUCUCAAUUUCAGUCUCAGUCUCAGAAGUCGCAGCAGCCUCUUCCAGCUCAAUCUCAGGAAUUUAACCAGUUCCACAGAGAUAACCGUCAUCACAACCACCAUCAUCACCACCAGCAACAGGACUUGACUCCUGAGCAGCAGGAAAGAGCAGCCAGAAGACAGGAGAAGGUUUCACGUAUCAUGAGAUACUCUGGGAUCAUGAAUCCAAAGGAUAAGGACUUUGUUACACGUUUCCAAUUGUCGCAGAUUGUCACUGAAGACCCCUACAACGAAGACUUCUAUGCCCAAGUCUAUAAAGUGAUUCAUCCUAAGAAUUCUUCUUUGCAGGAAACCAGCCAGCAACACAACUCCAUUGCUCAGGCUUAUCUUGAGCAGAGUGGCCACAGACUUGGUGGUCGUUACAAGAGAGCCGAUGUAGCUUUGCAGAGAAUGCAACAGCAGGUGCAAAAGGCUGUUACUGUGGCCAAAGAAAGACCUAAGUUGACCCAGUAUGCUCGGGAGGGUGCCUUGGGUAAAAUUUCCUUUGGUACAGGUAAAAAGCCAAGACAGCAGUUGGAAAUUAUCAGUAAGGCUGCGCAGAGAAAACUUGAAAAGGAGAAGAAGGAGUUAGAAGGCGGUGAUGCCGUCAGUGACGAACUCGGUGAAGAGGCUGUUGCAAAGAAGAACAGAUCUCCUUCAAUUUCAGCUCCUAGAGUAAUCAAGAAAUACUCCAAGAAGGAUAUCAUGAGCAUCUUAGAAGGCAUCAUUACAGAGCUUAUGAGUGUAGAGAGCGAGUCUAGAACUAAUGCCAAUGUCGACACUACACAGUUGUGGGAAUCAUUGAGAGUAUUGGAACAGUCUACUUCCUUCGGUGAGGACGAAGAAGUCAAUCCUUUCAUCCAAUGCUUGAACUUCAACAAGGGACUCAAGAUCUUGCUGCGUUUGUUCAAGUUCUUGUCUAGAGAACAAGUCUUGACUAUCGUCACUUUGAUCAUGUCCAACCUCGAGAACUUGUCUGUUAUAAAGAAUGGUUCGUACACAACAUACGAGACCAAAAAAGUUCCCGAGACAAUCGUAAAAUUAGUGGAAGUAUACUCAAUGACAUUCUCUAAGGUGUUGAUGAAUGCCGUGUUAGAUUUCAAAUUUAAUGAGAUUAUCGGCUUAUUAGUGAUCUUGAUAGAACACAACAACGUUGCUUAUGUCUCGACUACCAAGAUCGGUUUGACAAUCUUGACUACUUUGUUGUCUCGUGCAGAAUUAAUCAUCGGUGAAGGUACAAUCUCCGCUACUGAUCUCUCGGAAUGGUCUUCGUGUUAUGACGAGCUCUUCACUUCUUUGGAAUCCAGAAUCGCAGCAAUCUUCCCUCCUCACCCUGAAGAUAUUGAUGAUGGCUCUUCCAGAGAAAACUAUGUCUGGCAAUUCUUGGCCACUUUGUCUCUUGGUGGUAAGUUGAAUCAUCAAAGAAUCAUUGUAGAUGAAGUGAGAGAUGAGAUUUUCGGAGUCAUGAGUAGAGCCAAGGCUAUCGAUGAUGCCGAUGCUGACAACCUCUACAAGAAACUGAACUUGUUGAACAAUUUAAAUAUGUAUUUGGUCGUCAUGGGAUUGGUUGCAGAUGAGACUGAAAUCAAGGAGUUGCAGACCUGAGUCUUGUGAACGAGUCAUUGCUCCAUGUACUAUAUAAUUCUUUUUUUUACUUUUCUAUAAUAUAAAACCAUAAAAUGAGUAUUCCUUAUUGUAAUGUGGCUGUCGCUCAACUGGUAGGUAUCGCCCAUUGCAGCUUGGAAUCGCUUCAUCAGCGAA